AAAAUAUAUAUUAAAGUAAUCACGUUUCCACAUAAAGUUUAUAUAAUUUUACUUUUUAAUUAGAAUAUUAUUAGAUUUAUAAUAAAAUAGAUCAUUUAAGUAUGUCUUCCAUUUACAUAGUGCGUGCGCAUAGAUGCACUUUCCAUUCUAUACCAUUCCACACCUGAACGUCCUGUAUAUGUCCAACUGUAUAGAUUAUAAUUGAGGUUAACUUUUCCUUCAGAGUGAGUCGUUCAUUGACAACUCAUAUUUUUUGAUAAAACAAUAUAUACCAAUUAUGACGUCUAAAGUUACUUUUAAGAUAACUCUUACUUCUGAUCCAAAACUUCCAUUUAAAGUUUAAUACAGACAUGUCAGAAGUAGAUUUUCUUGAAAUACAAAAAAUGUUUGACACAUUUUUAGUACUUUUAGAGAAUCCAGCUGUCUAUGAAGAAAUAAGCACUCAGGAUACUGUUAAAGCUUUUCAGUGUGCUCAAUUUAUUGAAACUACAAUUGCUAAAGCACAAGAAGUAGGCAAAGAAGAAAUUCUUGAGAAUAAUCUUCAUAAUUAUUGGUCAAGCAAAGGCAGAUUAAAUUUGUAUAAGUGUUCUGAACUGAAGAAUGCCUGUGAUAAAUUGCUAGAAGUCUAUUUAAAAGACAGCACUAUUUCAGUUGAUAUUGUGGACGAAUUUUUAAAAUUAUACAUUGAAUAUUGUGGUAUUAGUAGACUGAAUGAUACUCUUAAACACAUAUUAAUUAAUGGUGUAUGUACAAAUAUAAUUAUUGAAUCAUUAAUAGAAUUAGGUGUAUCUACCUGUAACAUGCAGGAUGAAGCUUUAGUUAUGUCAUGGGAAUUAUUAAUCAGCAAUAAUAAUGAGCAUCAAGUUCUAGAAUGCAUUCAUAAAAUGUUUAAUGAUGGUCUAUAUUCAAAACUUACCAAAUUUGCUGUUAAUUUAUAUGAUAAUAGUAAAGUCAAACAAAUAAUAGUUCAACUAUUAUCAGACAAACUUAUGCAGAAUGAUGUGAAUGUUUGUCUAGCUCUUGCAAAUAUAAGCGAUAAAUCGCUUCGGAAAUUAAUGCAAAAAAAUUCAGAACUUUAUACAAAUUUCCUUGAUACUAUAUUUUAUUUUGCACGCCAUAUGAUACAAGAUCAGAAUCAUUGGGUAUCGGACUGUGAAUUUAAGUAUGAUCAUCUUGUCAAAGUAGUGAAAAUAUUGUUAAAUGGUCCAGACGAAAUUUCAGAAAUAAUAUAUAAAAGAGUGCAGUUAGUUAAAGCACAACCUAAUGGGACAGUAUGGUGUAAAAUUGAAAAAGAUAUUGGAUGACUCAGUGUACCAGAUAACACACCUUUCACUGCUGUGUUAAAAUUUGCUGCUGAAGAGUUCAAAGUGUCACCAUCUACAUCUGCA